AUGAGCAUAAGCAUAAGUCCUUUAACUAAGAUAAUAUCAUUAAGUGCGAUAUUAGCAUUAGGAUUUCUACUGGUGAUUUUAAGUUGCGCUUUGUAUUCAAACUAUUACCCCUUAUUUGAUAUAUCGUUAUUUUUAAUAGCACCACUACCUAAAUUGAUAUUAAACAAUGCAAUUGGUGCCCAUAACAACAACAGUGAUUUCCUAAGUGGUACAAACGGCGGCGAAGGUGAUGAUAGCUUUUAUUAUAAUACCAAAUACUUCAAUGGUGUUAGAGAUACUGGUGAUUUUUUGACUAGUUGGUUCUUGAUUCUAGGUAUUGGAUUACCUGUCGUUUUUCACCAUUGUAAUAUUAUUAACAAAUGGAGUAUGUUUAUGUGUAUUAGUGGUGGGUUGAUAAUUUACACUUCCAUUGUUACAUUUAGUAUUUUCUUUAAUAGCAAGAGAAGUGGAGAUGGAUGGGAUGACGACGAUGAAGGUGGCUAUGGAUAUGGUUAUUGA